CUCAUACACAACCCAAGAUUCAAAAUGACCCAUAUCCCCAAGAUCUUCCUCACCGGCGCAACCGGCUACAUCGGCGGCGACGCCCUGUACGCUCUGGUGCAGAAGCACCCGGAAUACAACUACACCCUGCUGGUGCGCAGCGCGAACAAAGCCGAGCAGAUCCAGAAGCAAUAUCCCUCUGCGCGCAUCGUGCUCGGCGAUCUCGAUGACUCGAGUCUGCUGGAGAAGGAAAGCGCCGAGGCGGACAUUGUCCUCCACACAGCCGACGCAUCCGACCACGAGGGCGCAGCGAAAGCCAUCGCAGCCGGACUGGCCAAGGGCCAUUCGUCCGCCAAUCCGGGGUACUGGCUACAUACAGGCGGCACGGGAAUCCUGACCUACACGGACAGUGACCGGGGGGUGUUCGGCGAGCCCAGCGACAAGGUGUACGACGACUGGGACGGGGUCGACGAGCUUCUCAACCUCCCGGCGCAUGCGUUCCACCGGAACGUGGACCAGAUCGUGUUGGAGACGGGGCCGAAACGCGGCGACGCGGUCAAGACGGCACUGGUCUGUCCGCCUACCAUCUACGGCCGCGGGAGAGGACCCGUUUCGCAGCGAGGCCGGCAAACCUACGAGCUGGCUCGCGUGACGCUGCAGCUCGGGAAAGCGCCGAUCAUCGGCGCGGGGAAAUCGAUCUGGAACAAUGUGCACGUGCACGACCUGAGCGACCUGUAUGUGCUGCUGGUCGAGGCGGCGGUCGCAGGGCGCGACGACCCCGAGCUGUGGGGCGCGCGAGCGUACUAUCUUGCGGAGAACGGCGAGCAUGCGUGGGGAGAGCUGUCGCGGGCUAUGGCCAAGUAUGCGGCGGAGCUGGGGCUCAUCGCUCAGUCCAAGGCCGAACAGAUCAGCCUGGAGGAUGGAAAGAAGUUCGCGGGCUUUGAAUCGCUGAGCUGGGGGUUGAACUCGCGUGGUAGGGCCAAGAGAGCUGCCAAAGUUCUGGACUGGACGCCCACGAGGCCGAGUAUCGAGGCGACACUGCCGGAGGUUCUGGAGGAUGAGCAAAGGCGGUUGCAGCAGUGAGGUGUUCUAGCUGUGGAACGGGCUAUGUAUCAUGCGAUGCAUUCAAGGACAUUACUGAUGACACCAUGCGAGCAAAGAGUCAUCGAGGGCGAGAACUGCACGACGACAUGCUCUAUGCUCUGGUGUCUCUGGCACGGCUUUCUUGUUCGUCAUGCUGUCUUGCGGGGUUGAAUCUUGACGCGUUUAUGUACUGUACAGGUGGUUUGUUGUUGGG